AUUUGUAUUCUAUUCUCAGCAAAGAAUAAUACUAUUAUCCAAUUAGAACAACUUUAUUCACUUUUUUUUUAAUUUCUUUUUCCCCCCUCCCCCUCCUACUCUUCUUAUCAAACGAUAGCAAUGGAAGAUCAUUCAGGACAUAAUAUGCCAAUUACUUGUAAAAUGAAUAUGUUGUUUAAUUGGCAAGUAGAAAACACUUGUGUUGUAUUUCGUUGGUGGCAUAUUUCUAGUCCUUUUGGUAUGUUUAUAUCUUGUAUAGCUAUUUUUUUAAUUGCUGCAGGUUAUGAAUGGAUUCGAGCGUAUUCUUCCUUAAUUGAAAGUCGUUGGAAAGAAGCAGAAUUACUAUUACAAAGAAAUAAUAUAAAUGAAAGGGGUGGAGGAGAAGAAGAAGAAGGCUUAGUAGAACAACAACAUUCCCUUGUUCAUGCUUAUGAGCAACAUACAAGAUUAUCUAGAAAGAGAGAAAUGAUUCGUUCUAGUAUUUAUGCAUUUUUAGUUGCUAUUAGUUUUUGGCUUAUGUUAGUAUUUAUGACAUAUAAUGGAUAUCUUAUGAUGGCUACUGUUUUAGGAGCAGGAUUGGGUCAUUUUAUUUUUGGAAAUGAUAAAUUAUCUGGUGAUAAAUCUAUUCAGUGUCAUUAGACGUAGUUGUUGUUGUUGUUUGAUGACGUUGUCUAACCCUAGAAGCUAUCGUAGUCGCUUCAUUCUCUUCUUCACCUAAAUACUUUUCUUUUAAUUUAGCCAAAACUUCCUCUUUUUCUUUAUCUUCUUGUAUUUUAUCUUUUUCUUGCUUUAAUGUUUCAUUUUCCUUUUUGAUAUCGACUUGUUUUGAUUUACGAGGAGGAUUAAACUGUUUACAAUUAGGACAGAUAUAUUCUUAUACAUAAAUGAAAUAAAUGAAAUAAUAAUCAGAAACUGCUGUCCUUAAUCAUCUCUCUCCCCUCCCCUUUUCUUACAAAAAAAAAAAAAAA